AGUGACGUCACCUCACGCGCAAAGAACUCUGCGCGUUGCGGUUGUAGCGGCGAGAGGGUCGCUGCUUGCGGAAAGAAAUACUAGUAACUUACAAGAAGAGGAAUUUUAGGUUUAGGACCACACGCCGCUGCUCGUCGUAACAGACCGGGACGCGGUUUAUCGGUUGGUGAUUGUUCAAACCCGAGAUGAAUUUCGAGCAGCCCCCUCCCUACCCAGGCAGCGGCCCCAAUGCUCCAGGCUACCCGGCCCAGGGCGCUCCUCCACACGGCUACCCUCCUCAGGGUUAUCCCCAGCAGGGAUACCCUGUGAACAUGGAGCAACCUAACGCAGCGUACCCCAACUACCCCCAAGGUCCAAUGGGACCCGGGGGUCCUUACCCUGGCUCGGGCCAGCCUGCGUACGGGUACCCUGGACAGCCACAGUACGGCUGGCAGGGCGGCCCCCCUCCUGGGCCCGGGUACGGGGAGCCCCCCAAGAACACAGUGUACGUGGUGGAGGACAGGAGGCGAGACAACACAGGAGACACGUGCCUGACAGCCUGCUGGACAGCUCUGUGUUGCUGCUGUCUGUGGGACAUGCUCACAUAACACCAUUCCCCAGCUGUUCGCCCCUUUUAGCCCCUCCACUUCUUUUCUGUGCCUCGAACCCCAUCACCUUGUCCCCUGCCUGCCUUAAACGUCACACUCCCCCACCAGCACCCCUCCGUUUCCUCUAUGACUCUCUCUAAGCUUGUCUAUAAAUAAAAGCCUCGAUCCCAUAUGGAAGUGUCCCCCCCAGACCCACUUAACUCUACCUUGAUGUGAUGCCCUCAGCGUGGACUGACCCUGCUCAGGGGCAACUCUGUAGCAGCUUGUGACUGAGCUUCUAAACAUAACCUGAAUCUCAGGCGCUUGUAAUUGUACACCUACACACACCAGGCAGCACACUCAAACCAGUAGACACACACACACACACACACACACACACACACACACACACACACACACACACACACACACACACACACACACACACACACACACACACACACACACACACACACAGUACACUCGGAUCUCAGGCUCAUCUAGUGUGAUGCUCCUUGGCACUUUACGAUGAUUACCUCUGUACGAUACUACUCCUGCCUGUCCCUUUAUCCAUCUCCAGUCCCCUCUAAGCUCCUUUUAGCUCUGCUACUUACCAUGACUAGCCGAUAUCCUGGCCCCCUUCCACACUCCAAAGGCCGCUAACACCCUGGCUGCUAAUGAGCCACGGGUUGCUCUUAAGAAGCUGAUUGUUAAAUGUUUCCCUUUCAUUUGCACACGAGCUGUUUCAGCCAAUGUAUGUUUUCAGGUCGAAUUAUGACAAUAAAUGAAAUGCAUUUUUAAAAAUUA